AUGGCCUCCAAGCCUCUGCUCCAACAGUUAUUCGUAUGGGCCUCAAUAUCGCUCGUCAAAGCGUACGACAUAACCCUCCCCGGAGCCACAAGCCCGUUUAUCCCCUCGUGCGCUCAGAGCUGCCUGACGUCCUUCAUCAACGAUGACACCUUCUUCAAGGCUUCGGGUUUUACGCUGGGAGAGGGAGCCAUGACUUGUGUUGUAGGACUCAACUACUCUUGCCAGGCCAGCAAUAACAAUGCAAUAGCCGCCUUGGCUUCGAACGCCUAUAACGUGUGCUCGGGUCAACCAAGUGCGGUGACUCCCACUCACCCAACACUCACGGCCUCCCUGGAAAUUCAAACAUCCAGCGCAACCGCGAUCAUCAUAGUGAUAGAGCCGAGCAGGAUUCCACCGACUACUUCCGGGAUUGUCGUGAGCACUACGUCGUCUUCCACACUGGAGACAGCGACGAACCCGCCAACCACCUUCAUGACAGUGACCCCGGGAACGACAACACCCGCCAAAACAUCAUCAAGUACGACUAGCCCGACAGUCACCGCCAGUCCACAAACUACCGAGUCAAGCCAGCCUGCUCCAGCGAGACUUGGGACCCCACAGAUAGUUGGAGUCUCUGUUGGUGUUGCCGGAGCCAUUGUGCUGGCAUUAUUAGCGAUAUGCCUCGCCCGCCGGGCCCGAAGACGGAAGUAUCCAGAUAUGGAUACUGAGGGUUUCUUCCCGAUGGACGAAAAGAGCAGCUUUGGAGUAGGUGGAGGAGGGGGUGCUGGCGGCGGUGUCGUGGCAAGAAUCAGCAGAAUAUUCCACAUCUCACCACCUAUUCUCCGGCAGCCAACUCGGGAGGAACCGCCUGUUCCGCCUGCCCCGAGUGAAUAUUACAACGUCGACCGCAGCACUAUCGGCUUAGCUAUCUCCAGGCCGCGUAGUGAGGUGGCGCCGAAACAAUCGUCACCGAGAGUCGAGCGGCGCGCCUCCAAGCUACUUCCACCCAAGCCACUGCGGCCCGUGAAGCCUAAUCUCACCCUGAACAUCCCGAACGCUAUUCAUCCGGCCCUCCGGCCCCAGUCGUCACAACCUCAGACUGACAGGACAAGCACGAUGACGAACAUGACAGCGUUCGCAGACCUCGACACCGAGGCGGCCGAAGGAGCACAGGUCUGGCGACCUCCACCCCCUGACCCCCAGUCUGCAAAUGCCUACUACGUUGCCGAUAAAUGGGGUAACUGGGUGUUAAGUAACAACAACCGCCAGUCACAAGUGGCGCAGGUCACGGAAGUAGCUGAGUUAGACACAUACACCCCCUUGACCAAGUCGCCAAUAGAAAAGCAAGAGGAGGCCGCUGUCGCAAUGGCUGCCGCCAUAUCAGCUGCGUCUUCCUCCUAUCUUGCGAGACCGCAGCCUGCUCUGGCGAAGACAGGGGUAGAGCCGAACAUGUCACGAAGUUCAAGCCUAUACUCGCAGGCUAGUGCCGUGCGUCCGCCAGGCCGUACACUGGCACCGGUGCCGAACAGGAACUACGGGCCCCGGCAAGGUCGAUCAAACUCCAAGGCGUCGAUGGAUUCGGCAACAACCAUCGCUACCUCAUCGUCCUUUGGCGGACCGUACGACGACGAUCCCCCAGUUGAGGCAGAGCCAGGGCAUUUGUCAGUCUUGUCGCCGGUAGUGGAGUCCCCUCGAACUCCCACCGGGCGCUCUCCUGUCAAGUACCCAAAGAUACCCGGCAGGCUAGACCCAGCGACAAUCCGGCUGGUUCCGCCACCUCAACGACCGAACUUUGCUGCUUCACCGCCUGGCCAACCAAGUCCAACACUCGGGGCAGUGAUGCCAGUCCGCGGCUCUCCGUCAGCCUAUCCACCGCCUCUGAACCCGAGACGGAGCAUGCAGCCAGCGGAGAGAUCCAACCAGGGUUAUAUGGUGCAACCGCCUUCAGGCUCCGGAUUCUCUCCUACGCGCGCCCCGAUCCCGAAGUUCCCAUCCCCGCCUCCGAACGUGCCCGCACGCUCUGAAAAGCGGCUUUCGCGGCAGAAUAUGCCACGGCUAGAUACGAACAAUCUGCCUCCGCCGCGAGCACACAUCUCCUCUUACAUCUCCCCCACGAGUGCCGUUACGACGUCGUCGACCGCCAGCUCGCUGCUCGCGAAGCGGCUCGGGAACGAGAGAGCGGCUGCCCUGUCACUGGAGAACAACCAGCGCAGAGCCGCUGCCGCAGGGCCAUGGAAACGUCAGGGCGGCCCUUCGGGGUCGGCCGGGCUGCUGAGCCCGGAGAUGGCGGCGAUGAUGUCCCCGAGAGGACUGCCUGCCACACCCACAUGGCAGCCCAAACUGACGCCUACCCGGCGCGGAGAUGACCUGUUUCUGAAUGUGCAGUAA